GGGGAACGGGGGUGGAGGCCGGGGCGGCGGAGGCGCGGGCUCUUUAUAGGGCGCCGGGAACCGACCUUCCCGCAUUCGGGGUUCCCCGCGCCCCAGCUUGCUCCCUCUGACCUCCCCUCCUACCAGGUCGCCUCCAGCCCAUUCUCCUCAGAUUCUGGGAUCCACCGAGUCGCCCCCAUCUUGGACAUGGCGACCCCCACCGCGUCCCAGGCGUCCUACCCAGAGUCUGCGGUCGCUCGGACGCUCCUCCUCCUCCUCCUCGGCUGGGUGCUCGGCCAGGUGACUGGCGCCGCAGGGACUACAGAUGUAACGAAAGCUUAUAAUUUAACAUGGAAAUCAACCAAUUUCAAGACAAUUUUGGAGUGGGAACCCAAGCCCAUCAAUUACGUCUAUAGUGUUCAGAUAAGCCAUAGGUUAGGAGAUUGGAAAGUAAAAUGCUUCUCCACAACAGACACAGAGUGUGACGUCACCGAUGAGAUUGUAAAAGACGUGAACCAAACAUAUGUGGCACGGGUCUUAUCCUACCCAAUGGGUGCUUCCACUACCAGUGAGGAGCCUCCGUUAGCCAAUUCCCCAGAGUUCACACCUUACCUUGAGACCAAUCUUGGACAGCCAUCAAUUAAGAGUUUUGAACAAGUUGGGACAAAAUUAAAUGUGACCGUACAAGAUUCCCGUACCUUAGUCAAGAUGAAUAGCACUUUCCUAAGCCUCCGGAAAGUUUUUGGCGAGGACUUAAGUUAUAUACUGUACUACUGGAGAGCUUCUAGUACUGGAAGGAAAACAGCCAAGACAAAUACUAAUGAGUUUUUAAUUGAUAUGGAUAAAGGAGAAGACUACUGUUUUCUUGUCCAAGCAGUGAUUCCAUCACGGAAAACUAACCAAAAGAGUCCAGAAAGUUCUAUUGAGUGCACUAAUUAUGGGAAAGAUAUGUCUCCAGAAAUGUUCUUUAUCAUUGGAGCAGUGGUGUUUGUGGUCAUCAUCAUCAUCAUCCUGUCUGUGUCUCUGUACAAGUGCAGGCAAACAAAAGCAGGGCACAAUACGAAGGAGAACUCCCCCCUCAGGGCUGCAUAAAAACAUCUUUGGAGCUGCCAACUAAGGCAGUUUAUACUGCACUGUGACCAAGAACUCUAAAGAGGAUUGAAUCUAUGGAAACACAAAAGAGUAUUUCUAGCACAGAGACAUAUGACUAAAAGAAAGCUCUUUAUCUGACCUGUCCUUACAAUUAGCAUUCUGACUUCAACACUAACAUGAGUCACUUUGGAACAUACUGAACGGUACAACCAAGUCCAAGUUUUAAAGAUUUCUAUCUUAACACUAUGGCACCUUUUGCACAUACCAUGAUUUAGACUGUAUGCUAGAGUCUGUGCUCAAGAUAAAACAGAUGGUCUAAACCAAAACAAGUGAAUUCUAAGUGGACUUUUGGAGAACUUGGAGAGAUUGACUUCAAGUCAUAUGGAAAAGUAAAAUGGAAAUUGGGUGGACUUUUCUAACACAUCUGUCUUUUUGUGGUGUUUAGGUUUUUUUUUAAUUUGUUUUUGUUUUUAAGGCAUUUUUUUCUUCUGAGUUUCCUCUUUAGUUCUCUGCCCCCCCCACCCCCCCACCGCUGCUCCAGAUUCUGAGGGCAGUAGCAAUGGAGACUCACAGAUGCAUUUGGUGAGUCUCAGGGGAGUCCUCUCCUCCCUUCAGCCGUCUUUUUGUUGGUGAAACAGACUGGAGGUGGUGUCUCAACUGGUAAACAGCCAGCUUAAUACAUUUCUUUUAGAUGUUCAAAAUAGGUGAAAACUUUUUAUAUGAAUGUUAAAUACAAAAGACUUUCAUUUUGGGCACAUUCCUAAUACACAUUACUGUUUAGCACUUUAACUGACUUAAAUGCUGUUGGUUAAAUACUUGACAGCUGACUAUAUUUUUAUAUGACUACUAUGCAAGCAAACUACAUAGAAUUUGUGAUUUAAGGUACUUAAAGUUUCUGUGGCCAAUGUUGUAUAUGCAAAAGAGGUUUUGUAUAUGGGGGUUUUUCUAUUUAUAGAGGAAAUAUUGUUCUGUUUGUAUAUAGAGAUAAUUUAUUUAAUGUACUUUUCUAUAAAUAAAGGUGACUGGGAAUCGUGA